CAUUUGCCAAACGCCCAGCCGAGGCGUCGCCCUCGCCCUCUCCCUCUCAUAACGAAAUUAUUACGAGAAUGAAAAAAAUCCCAAAAAAUCCGAGUCCACUUCAAAUUACAGAGUUUUGCGCGCAAAUUUAAAACCCUCGUUGUGUAGAUUGCACGUCGACGACUCUGCCUCAGCAUAUGACUGAAUUAAACUGAAUUGAUACUGAACUAAUUCGGAUUGUGAUAUUUUCUCAGCAAAGCAUUUGCUAUUUCGUAGGCACUGACUUUUUAGAUGUCUUGAGAAAAGCCAGAUGAUGAACAGAAAAUCAAGUAAUUGUGCUAUUUGUGAGAGUUCAAAUCUCGCUUCUGUCUGUGCUAUCUGUGUCAAUUACAGAUUAACUGAUUAUAACAGUUCUUUAAAGGCACUGAAGAUUCGUCGUGAUUCCUUGUAUUCAAGAUUGACUGAAGCGCUUGUGGCAAAGGGUAAGGCCGAUGAUCAACUAAAUUGGAGAGUGCUUCAAAAUGAAAAGCUUGUGAGGUUAAGGGAAAAGCUCCGCUGUAAUAAAGAACAGCUUGUGCAAGGCAAGGCAAAGAUUGAGAAGAUGUCCUAUGACCUAAAAGUAAAAUCUGGGGUGCUUGACUCAGCCCAUGCUGUGUUGGGAAAAAAUCGUGCAGAACAACUGGAGAAGUUCUAUCCCAACCUUAUAUGCACUCAGAACUUAGGGCAUAUGGCAAUUACCUCUGAACGCCUUCAUAAACAGUCGGUGGUUAUAAAACAAAUAUGUAAAUUGUUCCCCCAACGUCGGGUGACUGUUGAAGCAAAGAGGAAAGAUGCAUCUGGUGGUCAAUAUGAUCAAAUUUGUAAUGCAUGCUUACCAAGAGGGCUGGAUCCACACUCAGUUCCAUCAGAAGAGCUUGCUGCUUCUUUGGGAUACAUGGUUCAACUCCUGAAUCUUGUCGUUCAGAACUUAGCUGCUCCAGCACUUCAUAACUCAGGUUUCGCAGGUUCCUGCUCUCGGAUAUGGCAAAGAGAUUCUUAUUGGGAUGCGCGCCCUUCUUCUAGGAGCAAUGAAUAUCCUCUCUUUAUACCACGGCAAAAUUAUUGCUCCACUAGUGGCGAAAAUUCGUGGUCUGAUAGAAGCUCAAGUAAUUUUGGUGUUGCUUCAAUAGAUUCCGAGAGGAAACCCCAUCUGGAUUCUUCUGGAAGUAGUAGCUUUAAUUAUACUUCUGCUUCUCAACACUCUGUCGAAACACACAAAGAUUUGCAGAGAGGGAUUUCACUGCUCAAGAAAAGUGUGGCAUGCAUUACAGCAUACUGUUAUAACUCACUUUGUUUAGAUGUCCCUUCUGAGGCAUCUACCUUUGAAGCAUUUGCAAAAUUGUUGGCUACAUUAUCUUCAUCCAAGGAAGUUCAUUCUGUUUUCUCUUUGAAAAUGGCUUGUUCAAGGUCAUGUAAGCAAGUUCAACAAUUGAACAAAUCUGUUUGGAAUGUGAAUUCUGCCAUAUCGUCAACCACUCUACUGGAUAGCGCACAUGCCAUGACAAUGACGAAAAAUUUGAAUGAAUAUAACCUGCCUACUUAUGCCACCAGCUCUCUUUGUUCCACUGAGUUGUCUGAUUCUGGGAAGAAUGAAUCCCUUGUAGAAGGAUGGGAUCUUGUAGAACAUCCAACUUUUCCUCCUCCACCAUCACAAUCUGAGGAUAUUGAGCAUUGGACUCGAGCCAUGUUCAUCGAUGCUAAAAGAAAAUGAUUUGGCACUACAACCGUCUUUCUGCUUAUUUGUAAGUCAAAGUAGACACGAAAGUUCAAACAAAAAGUAAGACCGCAUUGACCAUGGAGGGCUCUGUAACAUAUUCUUCAAGUGUUUGGAAUUGACUUUGUUAGCUUGUAAAUAGAAAUGCUCUAAUGGUUGUUUGUCUAUACAUGUAAAUAAAAUAGAAUUGAGGGGUUUUUCUGUUACAAUUUUAACUAUAGUUACCUUUAUCCUUAAGAUUCGUUAUGCUAGAUCCUUGAAUUUAAUCAAGACA